GCUUCGGCUAACUCCAGGUAGGGGUGGGAUCAGACCCAAACCACAGCUUGUGACUCUAACUCAUGCCUACGCUCUGCUCCACCCAGCUCUCAUCACCCCCUACAAAACCACCUCGCCACUGCCGAGCACGCCAGACAUCUGUCAAACACACGCCGCCGACGGACUAUCGCAGCCAGAAAGAGAGAGAGAGGAAACAGAAAGAAGAAAGCACCUGUCGUGUCUUCGCUUCCCUUCUUGGGUCAAUUUUACAGAACAUAUUUAAAGGAUGGGUGCUGCGGGGGUGCAGAUGGUGUGCGUGGUCCUGGGCAUGCUGGGCCUGGUGGCUGGGAUCAUAUGCUGUGCCGUGCCCAAAUGGAAGGAGUCGUCCUUCACCGGACAGAACAUCGUCACUGCACAGGUGACGCAGGACGGCCUGUGGAUGUCGUGCGUGGUGCAGAGCACGGGGCAGCAGCAGUGCAAGACCUACGACUCGCUCCUCAUCCUGUCGGCCGACCUGCAGGCCGCCCGCGCCAUGACCAUCAUCAGCUGCCUGCUGGCCGCCCUGUCCGUCCUCAUCCUCUUCGCCGGCGCCGACUUCACCACCUGCGUGCAGAACGAGGAGGCCAAGCCCAAGAUCGCGCUGGUGGCGGGCGUGGGCCUGAUCCUGGCCGGGUUCCUCCUCAUCAUCCCCGUCUCCUGGUCGGCGCACAACGUCAUCCGCGAGUUCCAGAACCCGCUGAACCCGCAGAAGAUGGAGCUGGGGGCCUGCAUCUUCGUGGGCUGGGCCGGGAGCGUGGUGCUCCUCCUCGCGGGGGGGCUCCUGUGCUGCUUCAGCCGGAUCCGGUCCGGGGGGGGCUCGGCCGGGAACGCCAAGUACUACAGCAACGGCGCCUCCGCCCCCGCCCCUGCCGCCAAGAACUACGUGUAACUAGCGUGGUGGG